UGAAAUAGCUUUUGAGAACGGUUGUUCUUGAUCUAGAGCUUAAUACACUCACUCAACUUCUUCUCUCUAACAUAUUGAACAGAGAUAAAAGCCUUGGCAUUUCUGCACAAAUUUUACCAUGUUUAUCUAAAAAUCAACAGCAUGUGUUUAUGAGUUAGUUUUUUGAGUUGCAUGGAUUUUACACUCCCUUUGAGGGCACAUCUCUUCUUUGCAACCAUGGCAAGAGUGCAAGCCUGAAUGUGAUGUUUCUCUUCCAUGCAACCACCUCUCUCAGCUUCUUUCUUCUUCUCCUUCACGUCUCUUCUCUUCUCCUCUCCAAGCUCUUCAGCUACCUUCACCAAAGAUCAGCCUUCAGAGGGGAAGAGUGCAUUCAUCAUGAAGAGAAGAAGCUCUUAUCUUUAGAAAAGGAUGAAUUGAUAGAAGAUAUUGUCUUUGGAUGUGAAGAUCUGCUGCUUUUCUUCUAUGAAAACAGUGAGAGGAAUGAUACUCAUGUUGUGGGGCAAGACAAAGAUUCAAUUGAACAAACAACCUUUGAGUUCCAAGUUGAUGAUGAUACCAUCAAUAAUAAUGCCUCAGAAUCAACAGCACAUGAUUCCCCUCAAAAGAAUCAUACUGAGAUUCCAACAAUCCAAUCCUCUGAGCCAGUUGUUGCAAUAUUUGACUCUAAAACUAAAGAAGAGGACUUGUCCAAGGAGAAGAGGUUCAUCCUAGUAGACCAUAAUACUUACUCUGAUAGCAAGAGGUUCAAGCUUGAUGAAAUCCAUGGAGAAAGUGAUUGUAACUAUGGUGAUUCCUCCAUCACUGGUGAGUCAAGCUCAUGGAGAAGCUCAACUAUUUUCAGGGACUCAGAAACAGAGUAUCCAUUCUCUUCAUCAUCAAGAAGAAGCUCUUCGCUUUGGGAGUCUUACACAAUGUUCCGUAAAUAUGAUGAAGAGAUGUUGUUCUUUGAUAAGAUCACCGCCCAAAAACUCCAUGAAACAGAAACUCUGGAGUCUAUCAAGAUCAAGCCAAGAUCAGUGUCUCAAAGGAUAGCCCACAAGUAUUCGAAGAUCAAAAAGCAUAAACAAUUCCCAAGAAGCAGGGAUCCAUAUAAAGAGUUGGAGAGUGCCUAUGUAGCUCAGGUUUGCUUAGCAUGGGAAGCACUUUGUUGGAAUUACAACAACUUCCGCAGAGUGAGUCUUGAUAAAAAUAUGGACUUUCACGGUUAUUCUGCAAGAGUUGCUCAAGAGUUUCAGCAGUUUCACGUCCUACUUCAGCGGUUUAUAGAGAUUGAGCCUUAUGAACAUGGCUCAAGACCUCAAGUCUUUGCUAGAAUGAAGAUCUCUUCUCCAAAAUUACUUCAAGUUCCUGAGUUCAGAGAAUCAGAGGGUGAUGAAAGCAAGGAAAACAUGAGUUCAAGGAUUUCAUCAGCAGAGUUUCUUAACAUACUAGAAGAGGGGCUAAAAACAUUCAUGAACUUUCUCAAAACUGACAAGAAGAGCCACUGUGAGAUGCUCAAAGCUUUGUUCAAGAAGACAUCAAUCAAACACAGUUUGAUCAAGAAAACCAAAAACAAAAAGAAGUCAAAGCUCAAAGUGUUGAGAAAGAGGAAGGUGAGUGAAGCUCAAGAGAUGGAGAUACUAAUGGGUCUCAUAGACAUGAAGGUGGUGUCUAGGGUUUUGAGGAUGCCUGAAAUAAGCGAAGAGCAGUUACAAUGGUGUGAGGAGAAGAUCAAUAAAGUGAGUGUUUGGGAUGGCAAGACACAAAGAGAUUCCUCCCCACUUUUUUUCCCUAUUGCUUCAUGACUAGAUAAAGUCCAUGAACAUGAAUAUGCAGAGGCCAAUGUCCAUACAUAGACAUGGGAUUCAUGUUAGGUUAGAGAGAAAAAAAGUAGUAAAAGGUGAGACUUGUAGUAUUUCUUCAUAUAACUUUAUAAGAAAAAAGUUUGACUUAAAGUUAAAGUCACUAUAGAAUACAUAUAAAGAGAGAUCUAGAGGCUAAGGAAGUGGAGAUCCACUGCAUGCAGGGACAAGUUCCACUUUUGCUUUGUAAGUCUAUAUAUAUAUAUAUGUUUGUAUUGCAACAAGAUAAGAUCAACUUCAUAGAGCUUUCGCUGUUAUGUAAUAAUCAAUG